UUGAUCUGAUUGUUUGCUUUUUUUUUUCUAAGCUCCAUCUUUGAUUGUCUGAUUUCCUAUACAGCCAACAAUGGAUACUGAAGCCUAAUGAAUAUAUUGUAAAUGAAUGUAGCCAUUUUAGCACAUAUUAAUAUUGUCUUAUGUAAAUUUUAUGUGCAUUUUUAUUAUUAUUAUUUCAGAAUAUCAUUGUUUUGUGUGAUUUGAAGCAAUAUCCAUAACUUGAUGGAUAACAUGUCUUAUCCUGUGAUACUGACUCUUAUGGUGCCCAAAGAAUCUAAAUCAUAUAGGCAUAUAUAUUUCACUUGUUUUCUUUUCCUUUAUCUGCUUAUAUUGUCAAUUAAUAUACGCCUUGUUAUGGUCAUUAUCAUGACAAAAACACUUCAUGAACCGAUGUACAUAUUCUUGUCUCAUCUGUGUAUUAAUGGGGUUUACGGAGCCUCAGGAUUCUAUCCUAAAUUUCUGUCUGAUUUAAUAUUGGAUUCAUAUGUGAUCUCCUCUCACAUGUGUGCUCUGCAAUCCUUUGUUAUUUACAGCUCUUUACUGUGUGAAUUUACAAUAUUAACAGUCAUGUCUUAUGAUAGAUAUAUAGCCAUAUGCAAACCUUUAGACUAUCAUUCCAAAUUAACUAAAUUCACCUGUUUGAAAUUAAUUCUGUUUUCAUGGAUUGUUCCCAACAUCUCUGUGAUUCCAGCAGCCCUGUUAUCAAACCUGAAACCAUUUUGUAAAUAUCACAUUGACAAGUUCUAUUGUGACAACUGGUCAAUUGUAAAACUGUCUUGUGCAUCAUCUUUUGUGAAUAAUGUCUAUGGAUAUAUUGUUGCUGUUAUAUUUUUUAUCUGUGCAGUUAUUAUUAUAGUGUCCUAUGUUAAGCUGAUCUUUGCAUGUAAAGCAUCUUUAGAAAGCAGAAAGAAAUUCUGGCAAACGUGUCUGCCACAUAUAUUAUCACUGAUAAAUUUCACGCUUGCUUUGCUUUUUGAUGUUACGUUUAGCAGAUACGGAUCAAAUGACAUUCCAGAGAGUCUGCGCAAUUUUUUGGCUUUAGAAUUAAUUAUAGUCCCACCUGUUUUUAAUCCUGUAAUCUAUGGAUUAAAUAUUACUGCAGUACGUAAACAAGUUUUUACUUCAUGUGUUGCAGCAAGAGUUAAGGUUUCAGGAGCUAGAAAAAAGGGGUAAAAUUUAGUAAACAAAUAUUUGCUGUAUCUAUUUUAUAAAAGUGAUCAUACAUAUGCAUAUACACAGAGUCCUGUUUGUUAUGCCGUUUCUUUAAUUUAUCAGUAAAUGUACUAAGUAUUAAGUCUUAUUUAGCACUACAUAUUCUGGGACUCAGCAUAUGAUCAAUGUGAAAAAUUGUAUCUAAUGAAAUCCAGGCCUUUUCUGUUAUAAGAGGGAGUAAGAAAUACAUUUUACAUCUUUUUUUGUUAUUGUUCAAAGUUGAAUGAAAGUUGAGCUUCCCAAUGAACCCAUCUUAAUAUUUUUGAAUGAGUAGUGAAAUUCUGAAUUUGAAUUAACCAAUGCAGCUACAAUGGUAGAAGACCAAAAGUAUGGUUAGAAAUUUGCUGGGUGCUUUAAAUGUGCAAUGUGGAAUGAGCUGAAUCAUUGUAGGUCCUUAUUAUUGAUUCAGUGUUUAUAUUAUAUUUCUGGAUUGUGUGGCAAUACAUAGUUUGAAAGGAAUGAGCAAGAGACUCAAUCCAGACACAGAAUUAUAGCCAGUAGAUAGUUCCGUCACUCAUCUCACUGGCUUGUUAAAGGGUUAGUUCCCCCAAAAAUGAAAUUUCUGUCAUUAAGUACUCACCCUCAUGUCGUUCCAAACCCGUAAGAUCUUUGUUCAUCUUCAAAACACAAAUUAAGAUAUUUUUGAUUAAAUCCAAGGUUGUUGUUUUUUUUUAUCCCACAUAGAAAGCAACAAUACUGAGUCGGCAUUCAAACGUAAACAUGGAACAUGGAAGCGCUGAACUGCAUUCACUGCGUCAAAUGCGUACGAGUCUGACAGGGUAGAGACCAUGUAACCAUGGUUCCCUGAAAAGGGGAACGAGACACUGUGUCGUAUUAUGCUAAAGGGGAAUGCAUCCGGCAUGGCCGGUGUCUGAAAACGCGACAAUGACAUUGGCCGGCGACAGCCCAUGAAGUCACUACUGGUGUGACCAGAGUAUAAAUAGGGUGCCUGUAGUAUAAGACAUAGGCAGGCAAGCCUGAAGCAUGGCAAUGGGACACAGUGUCUUAUUCCCCUUCUAAGGGAACCAUGGU